CGGAGAUAUAAAGAACACACAGGAAAAAAGGAAGACGGACUGAGCUGGCGUUCUCUGAUAAGGAUAUCAUGAAGCUGCAGACUGUAACUGUUUUGGUCUGCCUUUUUGGUGCUAGCCUUUCACUUCCUCUAUUACAACAGCAAAUUGGAAUCCUCGCAAGUAACAGCAAUGAGAUCUUGCGAUUCAAUGGACUGACCCUGACAGGUGUAGGCUUUGGGCAAACACAAAUGCAGGCGUCUCUGUUCAUGCCCCAGUACGUGAUCCAGCAGCAACCUGAACUGGCUCUCCCCCAGAUGGUGAACUUUAACCCCCAGAUGGGAGGCCCUUUCGGCCCCCAGAAGAUGUUCCCUACACAGGGGAACCAGCUGCCCCCCCUGCUGUACACCAAUGACCAACAGGAGCAUCCCGGGGCCCCCCAGGACCCCAACAACCACAAUAUCCAAAUUAACCUCCAGCAACCUCAAAACCCUGCACAGGGGGUUCCCCAGUUUCCUCAGUACUACCCAUCCUUUUCAUUUCCCCAGCAACCAAGAAUGCAGGGCUACCCCUACUACACAUCUUAUGGUUACCCCAACUACCCCCAGCCUAACCAGAACAACCAGGUGAACGGGCAGAACCAGCAGAACUCGGAGAAGACCCCUCAGAAACCACAGCUCCCACUACAGACUGCCCAACCUCAGGCACCAGGAAAGACAUGGCCUAAAAGAUUCCAGACAGAGGCUGCCAACCCUCCACCAGAUCACCGUGGAGACACAGUUGACCCUGGCAUAGAUGAGGGUCGUCCCAACCUCUCAUUCCUGUUUGAGCCAUAGAAUUGUAUGUGGGGGCAAGGAAAAUUGAGGGAUCGGCACAUCAAUAUUUAAGAUCUGUUUUCAGUUACAAUAUGAUACAUUUUCUAUUGUCAAAUAAAUCCAUUAUCAAGC